CGACAUGUCAAUGACCGCCUACGCUCGCAGCAGCGUCACUCUCCUCCUCUCCGCUCCCCCAGCAGUCAAUCGCAGUCGGCCGAGAAUCACAUCAUGUUCAGGAAGACAGCUGUGUGCGACAAGAGCUCUGCACCACCAACAUACUAGAAGCUGCAAUGGAUCACUAUGACGGGAGGGAUACGCUAGCUUUCGACGCUGAGCGAGGUAUAUAGGACCGUUUGUCCUCCGACAAGAUCUCGACAAUGAUCUUCGUGUACUGUCCGGCUCCCGCAAGAUGCCAUUGUGACAAUCUGAUCGACUCAAUAGGCUGCGCGAUCAAAGGCGCUUCGACAAAGGCGCACAGACAAUGGCCGUGCCUGCUCUCGAUCUCGUCCAACGUAUCGACACAGUCCCACGCUUCCAGACAGCUUAUAGACCUUGCCAUCGUACCGCUUCACAUCGCCGGCUCUCCUCUCGCCCGACAACAUGUUGAGACAGAUCGCCCUGUCACUCAUUCUUGCCCGCGCUGCGCUGGCGCAGACUAAUCACGCGAUACAAGUCGGACCUGGCCUUGCGUACACUCCGGACAAUAUCACUGCAGCGAUAGGCGAUACGAUCACCUUUACCUUUUUCUCAAAGAAUCAUACAGUCAGCCAGUCGAGCUUCGCCGCGCCUUGCACACAGCUCGUGAACGCUACGACGGGCGCUGUUGGAUUCGACAGCGGCUUCGUGCCCGUUGCCCAAAAUGCGACGGAACACCCAGCAUGGACAGUACGAGUGCAGACAACCGCGCCCAUCUGGAUCUUCUGCGCUCAGACGUCGGUAAGUCCUGCAGUAUCCCAUUCAGGCGCGUCCGUCUCAUCAUGCCAACGCAGCACUGUGCGAGCGGCAUGGUCAUGAGCGUCAAUGCACCCACAGAUGGGCCAAAGACGUUUGACAACUUUCGAGCGGCAGCACUGGCGACAGCGAGCAAUACGACAGCAACGGCCGCCACGACGAGCGCGAGUCCAGCUGCAGGCGUCGGUACUUCAGCUCUGGCCGGAUCUGCACCGCAGAGCUUUAGUCCGCAUGCUAUAGUGGGAAUCACGUUGUUCCUGUUGGUGUCAUUGGCUUGACCGUGUAGACUCUGUAUCUAAUUCUAGUGGUCGACUCGGCU